CCCACAUGUAUACCGUAUUCAGAGCUUUAUCCCCAAGUAAUGAAAUCAAAUUGAGAGGUUCCCUUCUUUAAUUUCUUUCCCACGCCUAUCUAGUUUUUGUAGACCUUGCAAGAAUUCCCAUAUUUUCUUUGCUGUUUUAACCCAAGGUUCAUAAAUAUGGCAAGUGAGAAGCUGAGGAUAAGCAUAAAGGAAAGCACAAUGGUGAAGCCAGCCAAGCCUACACCGAGCAAGAAGCUGUGGAGCUCAAAUGUGGAUUUGAUAGUGGGGAGGGUCCAUUUGUUGACGGUUUACUUUUACAGGCCCAAUGGGUCUUCAAAUUUCUUUGAUCCCAAGGCGAUGAAGGAGUCCCUGAGCAGAGUUCUGGUUUCGUUCUAUCCAAUGGCGGGCAGGAUGGGUAGAGAUGGAGAUGGGAGGCUUGAGAUUGAGUGUAAUGGAGAAGGGGCUUUGUUCGUGGAGGCCGAGAGUGACGCAAUAAUUGAUGAUUUUGGGGACUUUACUCCUAGUUUGGAGCUCAGGAAGCUCCUCCCCUCUGUUCACACUUCUGGGGAUAUUUCUUCCUUCCCACUAGCCUUUUUUCAGGUUACACGUUUCAAGUGUGGUGGAGUGUCUCUUGGAACCGGGAUUUUCCACACUCUAGCAGAUGGUCUCUCGGCCCUUCACUUCAUCAAUACAUGGGCAGACCUAGCUCGAGGCCUCUCCGUCGCUAUCCCACCUUUCAUUGAUCGGACCAUUCUCCGGGCUGGAGACCCUCCUCGCCCCGCAUUUAAACACAUCGAGUAUGAUCCCCCUCCCACUCUACUAUCCAAGCUGCAGGGGGCUAAUAAUUCCACCACAGCCAUGCUUAAAAUCACCCCUCAACAGCUCGCCCUUCUCAAAACCAAGUCGGGCCACGAGGGGAGCACCUACGAGAUCCUUGCAGCACACAUAUGGCGUUGCGUGUGCAAAGCCCGGGGGCUUUCUGAUGAUCAAACCACCAAACUAUAUAUUGCGACCGAUGGCCGGUCCAGGCUGUGCCCGCCCCUGCCCCCGGGGUUCCUAGGCAAUGUGAUCUUCACUACCACCCCAGUCGCUGAGUCAGGCGAGCUCCAAACCGAGCCGCUAGCCAGGUCUGCCAAGAGAAUCCACGGCGCUCUCGUGAGAAUGGACGACGAGUACUUAAGGUCUGCCCUUGACUACCUCGAAUGCCAGCUGGACCUGUCGAAACUCGUCCGGGGCUCGAACUACUUUGCCAGUCCCAACCUUAACAUCAACAGCUGGACUAGGCUGCCGGUCCACAACUCGGAUUUCGGGUGGGGGACACCUGUCCACAUGGGGCCUGCCCUCAUUUUGUAUGAGGGCACAGUGUACAUAUUGCCUAGCCCAAACAAAGACCGGAGCUUGACACUGGCUGUGUGCUUGGAUGCUGAUCAUAUGCCGCUCUUCCAGGAGUUAUUGUACAAGUUUUGAGAGAGAUUCUAGGAGGGAUCUACAAAUCUAGUUAUUAUGAUCUAAGUUUGGAGUUACGUUGUUACCUUCCUCCGUAGUUUUGAGGAUGAAAUAAAGAAGUAGCUCUGACUCUCUGAGUGCCACCACAUAUCUAUCUCCACUUUCUUGUAUAAUAUUUGCAUAUGAAUAUGCAUGAUGAUUUUAUUGCCAAAUCUCCUAGAGCCUAUUUAUGAAUCAAAGCUAGUAAAGGAGAUUUAUAUGUUAGGGCUUUAAUAUUUAGGGGGAAAUAAAGCUAUUAAAAAAGGUUUGAUUUGC